ACAUUUGGCUGUGUAGCUGAAUCUCUCAGCAGAUUAUGAUGUCACUGCGGAGUGGGAACAGAGUCAGCCUUUCAUCUAGAGUCAAGGAUCACAGUCAGGAUUAAGUGCAUGUAGGUAGUAGUCCGUGGCCAGUGAAUGCUCAGAAACAGUAGAGCUGAGUUCAUCCAGUUCUGGCUUCUUCGUUGUGGACCUUAGAGAAAAUGAAAUUGUGGAUUUUUUUCUGUGUGAAGAUGAAGAAUACCACAAAGAUAAUGAGAGACAUCUGAGAGAGGCUUGUUUUCACUCAUUUGGCUUCCUUUGCUGCCCAUAACAAGCAAUAAGCAAGAUGAAGGUGAAAUGGAAUACGCUGGGCAUAGUUGUCUUCUUUCUGCUCUCUGUGGUCAUGACCUGCUGCUUUAUAUGGCAGUAUAGGAUGCCAAAGUUGAAGACAGAGAAUAUUGUACCAACCAGGAAAGUACGGUUGGAGGAGCUGUGCCCUCGCUUCCCUGAACCUGUGCCCCUUGAACAUCCCAUCACAUCACUGAGGGUGGCCUUAGAAAAGGCAGAUGUACUCCUGAGGUCAAGCAUUCAUACCACCAAGCUACCAGCAAUAUCAGCCAUUGUGGUUUUAAAUGACUCUGUUCUCUGGAAUGGAAACUUUGGCCAGAAAAACUUAAGUGACCCAUCCUCAUCUGUACCCAAUGAGUACACAGUGUACAGAAUUGCAAGUCUCUCAAAGAUCUUCCCCACACUGAUGCUAUAUAAAUUGUGGGAAGAUGGCCUGGUGGCCUCUUUGGACGAUCCUCUGGAGAAGUACAGAAAUUUCACCAUCAAAAACCCACUGGGGAAUGGUGGGAGGCCAGGAUAUUCAACAUCCAAGAUACUCAGCAGCCUCUCACCUGCAGUCACCCUGCGCAGGAUGGCCAGCCAGCUGUCAGGGUUACCCAGAAGAUUAAGGUCAACUAAUCUCCUUUGGAGUGGAGACACACAGGCAGCCCUUAAUUUGUUACAGGAUGAUGUUCUCGUGGCAGACCCAGGCACAAAAUGCCACUACAGCAAUGUUGCUUUUUCUUUACUGGCCAAUGUCUUGGCCCAAAAGGUGAGUGGCUCAGAUUUUGAGACAUGGGUUUCGGACAACAUUCUGAAGCACCUGAACAUGAAGGACACUGGUUUUAAUUUGACUCCAGCGAUUCAGAAGCAAAUGGCUGUAGGUGUGUACAGCGAUGGCCAGCCAGCUCCCCUUUACAACCUUGGCUGGUACCGGCCAGCAGGUCAGAUGUAUUCUACAGCAGCUGACAUGGCCAAACUUAUGAUGGCUCUUCUGGGCUCAUACGGAAGGGCCCUGCUCCGCCAGGACACACUGAACACCAUGCUGACCCCAAUCAUCAGAUGUCAUAGUGGCUACUUUGCCAACUCCACUGGCACACCGUGGGAGAUCAACGAACAAUUCGGCUACGAUGUAGUGAGGAAGGACGGCGACCUAGAUGGAUUUGCAGCCACCUUCUCUCUGGUGCCACGUCUGAAGCUGGGUCUAGUGAUCCUGAUGGCUGGGGUUCGGCCUGCCGACAGAGACAUUGUGAGCCAGACAUACAAUUAUCUCAUCCCUGCAGUGGAGAAUGCUUUCAGAAAUGCUCGGCGAAUUCUCAGACCACCACCUGACCCAGCUCCAUAUAUUGGCUUUUUUACUUACAGAAAUAUGACUUUCUAUGAGAUUAAGGUGGAUUCAGAUGGGGUGCUUGUCAUGCAGCAGUUUGGACCACAGGUAGACACAAAUGUGCCAUCCAAGUACCGAACUAUUAAGCUGGAUUACCUUGAGGACAGGGUGUUCAGGGUGGUGUUUGAGAGCCCCUAUCCUUGCAAGUUGAAAGUUAAUAGUGCCUCGGUCUCCUUGGAGGCACAGGACAGACAACUCUUCAACUUCUACCUUUUCACCAAAAAAGGUGUGUCACCAGGAUUUGACUCCCCAGGACUCAACACAUACAGGGUGAUGAGGGUAGCUGGCAGACCUUACUUUACUUCAUAAAUACUGGAAUUCAACAAGUUCAUCACUAACAGGGACAGAUGAGGUGGGAAACUUGAUACUGAAAACACAUCACAGUUUUUUUUACUGUGUUGUCAGUGUCAUGUGAGUCUCUCUUGCUAAGUUUAUUAUAAUUAUUCUGGACUGGUAUUUUGUAUUAUUUAUGUAAAACUCUUGUGCAAAUGAUCAGUUCUACCAUUUACUCUUGUCCAAAUAUCCAAGGCAAUCUUUGACAGAUCUUUCUGUUCAAUAACUGGCACUGCUGUAAAAAUGUUUGCUAAGGGGUGUUUAAUUCAUUUACAAUGUGGCAUUAUUCUUCUUUAUCUUUUAAGUGCCUGCAGUGUGACCUAAAGAGGUAAAACACAACUGACUAAAAUGUUGAAUGGUUAAGAUUUUCAAGAAUCAGUCCCAGCAGGCAAACAUGUCAACACAGUGUCUAUGAGGAAUACAUCUACAAGUUAAAUGAUAUAUUAAAUAAAGACCAAAUUUAAUAUAA